AUGACUGAUGUUCAGCCUAUAAAUGUUCCAGCUGCGCCUGCGUUUGAUGCGGCUGGCCUGGCUGUGACUGCUCCGGGAACGAUUUAUCAGCGCGAUCUGUCCGGUCGCCAAAACAACUACGGUUCCUAUGGCUACUUUUCUCUCUUGGGCAGUGAUUGGGCUACCUGGAAAUACGGCGAAGCGAAUGCCUGGACUACGACCUGCAAGACCAUUGGCUCACACUUUGGUUGCUUCGAGAAUAUCUUCACGACAUGCUAUCCCCGUGCAUCUAUCUGCAAUAAUGCAGAUUCAGGUGCCCUUUGCUGCACCGGGGAUGUUAACGUGAACUAUCCGUAUUGUGCGACAGGCAUCAAGGCCCUAGAAGACGACGACGAGCUAUCUGUAACAACGGGUAGUACGACUAGAGAGCAGACACUUACCAGUAUCGAUACCACCAAGGGCGUCCCCAUUGUCACCAAGACGGCCGAGCCCUCACGUGAACCAAGUAACCCUACCCCAGUCGGGGCCAUCGUCGGUAGUGUUAUCGGCGGUGUCUCGCUGAUCGCCAUCUUGGGACUGGCAUUUUGGUUCCUUCGAAGCAAGAAGCCGCAGAGCAAGGAGGUGACGCCUACGCCUGCAGUCGCACCUGUUGUUCCCUCUCAACAAUACCAAAAACAAAUGUACCAGCAAGAUGUGCCUCCUCCGGUUGUCUACGACUACAACAAUUACGCCGGCUAUUCCACUCAGGGCUCGCCGCCUCCCCCCAGCGAUCCAAGAUACAGCCAAAUGUUCGUGGAGGGCACAAGCUCUCCGCAUCAGAGUCCUCCCAUCGAGCCCUACAAGACAGUUGCAUCGCCUGUUUCCGAACUUCCCAUCGCUUCUUCCCCUCACGGCAACACGCCCGUAUCUGAGCUGCCCUCUCACACGGGGAAUUUGAACCCACCACGAGGGAACUAG